UUUAAAUUUAAGUGGCGGCAGAUGGAACGAUAAAAAAGGAUCGGUUGGUUGAUGACGGUGGGAUUGGGGAGAAAAAAAAAUUGAGUCGAAUCGUUCGACGCUCAUCGUCGAGGAGGGAAAUCUUGGCGGAAAAGAGUCCGAUGAUCCCGUUCUCAUGACGAAUCCUUUACGAGAUGCACGCCCCGAGGAUCGGCCUCUAGGCUUGGACUAUCCUGACCCGAGAUUGCUGCGAAACGGUCAUCAAGAGCAUCAGGGGAACACCACGCAUCAGAUCGGUGCAGCGAGAAUCAGACGGACCAGGACCUCGUCCACGAGGAGAAGAAUGCAUUUGGCGAACGAGGUUCCCCCGCAAGGAUCCACCGGUGGUAACAAUCUUCCGGAUUAUGCCCUCACCGCGGACCUGCUCACCGAGAGAACUCUCGACGGUCUCUUCGCCGAGCAUCCGGGAGAACUCGUGCGAACAGGCUCUCCUCACGUGGUCUGCACGGUAUUACCGGCGCAUUGGAGGUCAAACAAGACGCUUCCGGUAGCGUUCAAGGUGGUAGCCUUGGGCGAGGUCGGUGACGGGACCUUGGUGACAGUGCGUGCAGGAAACGACGAGAAUUGCUGCGCGGAAUUGAGAAAUUCCACCGCGGUGAUGAAGAAUCAAGUGGCCAAGUUCAACGAUCUUAGGUUCGUCGGUAGAAGCGGUAGAGGAAAGAGUUUCACCUUGACGAUUAUGCUGCAAACGUCGCCACCUCAGGUAGCCACCCUAUCUAAAGCAAUCAAGGUCACAGUGGAUGGACCGAGAGAACCUAGAUCGAAAACAAGGCACCAGGCUUUCCAUCCGUUUCACUUCGGGCCUAGGCCUUUCCCUUUCGGCCACCCUCAGGAUCCCCUGGGAUUCAAGUUGACCGGUUUGCAACACCUGGGUCUGGAGCAAGGAGCCAGCCAAGGAUGGGGUGGAUUACCUCGGGGCUCUCUUCCGCCGCACUGUCUUCCGCCGCCUCCCGGUCACCAUUCGCAUACACAUCCUCCGGCAGCUGGUGCGUCGGCCUUCAACCCCUUCCACCACAGUAUCGAGCAAAGAUCUCCCAGGCUACCUGGACCAAACUCUGAACCGUCCAGGAACGAUUUGGGCCCGAUCAGCGUGUCCGUGAGGGAGGUGACCCCGACCACUUCGCCCGGCAACCCUGGGCCCGGAUUGCUCACGACGGCCACGGUUGCGGCGCCCACGCCUCCGGCGGAGCCUACCACGACCACCACAACGCCUAGCCCUUCGUCGGGCCAUCACUCUCACUUUCAAGGUCUUCAUCUUCUCGGGGCGACGGGGUCUAUUUUCGGAUCGAUAUUCGCCCCUCUGUUGCCGCAAUCCUCUUGGCUCUACAAUCCUCUCUACCACACGCAGCAAUACGUGCUGGAGCCGGAGUGGCACGCUCUCGCGCUAAGAAUGGCGCAGCAACGGUUGCAGAGGCCCGACCAGGCGAGGGUCGAGGAGACGAGGAAGGUUCGGGCCGGUAGCAGCAGCCCGGAAUCCGCGUUGAAGGAGGCGAUAAGUCGACGGGACGACGAGGACGAUCAAGACGGGGUGCGGGGUAGAUCCGGGCUGGACAGCCCGGAUGGAAGCAUAGAGGUGGACGAUAGGAACGAGCAGANCAGGGAUCGCGGGAGGAGCGACGAGUCCCUCGGGGGGCAGGAUUCGCCGAGGAUCUCGCCGGUGAGGAGCGACACGGAGGACACGACCGCGGACGCGACCGCGUUCCAGGAGGACGGCACGGUUCACCUUCGGCCGAGUAUAGAGAACUCGAAGAACGAUCAAGAGGCGGCGAACGUCGACGAGCAUCAGAUCUCACGCAGGGACUCGAAGAUCCGGCUCGAGGCGGGGACCGUGGAUCUUAGCACGAAGAGUAAAGGGCAGGACAAGGAGAACGUGGGCCAAGAUCUGACCACCAAGAGGAAGGAGGAGGACACGAGUGUGGAGAGGGAAGCGGUGGUACGAGGUAGAAGGGAGAGAAGCCCUAAGCCUAGACAGGUCUGGAGACCGUAUUAAAUUGAGCCGGGAUCGAGGAUCCCUCCCCCCUUCCCCUUUCUCGAAAUUUUCCCGAAAAUUGAUGAAACGAUCGU